GCCACUGAGUUAAAGCAACUUACCCACUGACCGUGUUUUUAUAAUUGUUUUUAUUAAACUGUUUAAUUAUUUAAGUAUAAAUUUUUAUAUAAUUUGUUACUAGCAAGUAAGAUUAAAAUUCGAAAAAAUGCAGUCUAUUAUGAGAAAGAGUCUGAAUAUUGCCCGUAGUACAACUACUUUGCGGCAAAUAGCUUCUCUGUCAGCCUUGCCCGACACUCACCAGAUGCUCCAGAAAACAUGUAGGGAUUUCGCCAAUGCUGAGCUGAGUGUCAAGGCGGCCAAAUUUGAUCGUGAGCAUUUGUAUCCAGAGAAAGAGAUCAAGCAGAUGGGGGAGUUGGGAGUAAUGGCAGUGGCCAUACCUGAGGAAUUGGGUGGUACUGGCUUGGACUAUCUGGCUUACGCCAUAGCCAUGGAGGAAAUCUCUCGUGGCUGUGCCUCGGCUGGUGUAAUAAUGUCUGUAAACAAUUCUCUAUACUUGGGACCAUUAUUGAGCUUUGGCAAUCCUGCCCAGAAAGAGAAAUACAUUACACCAUUUACAGCCGGCGAGCGUGUAGGUUGCUUUGCCCUAUCUGAGCCCGGUAAUGGUUCUGAUGCUGGAGCUGCUUCAACCAUAGCAACAGAUAAAGGGGAUCGUUGGGUUCUUAAUGGCACAAAAGCAUGGAUAACCAAUGGAUAUGAAGCUGAGGCAGCCAUUGUCUUUGCCACAACUAACAAACAGCUGAAACAUAAAGGAAUUUCUGCAUUUAUAGUGCCCAAGGGUAUCAAAGGCUUCUCGCUAGGAAAAAAGGAGGAUAAAUUGGGUAUCCGAGGAUCCUCUACCUGUCAGCUGAUUUUCGAAGAUUGCGAAAUUCCAAAAGAGAACAUUUUGGGAGAACCCGGAUUCGGGUUUAAGAUAGCCAUGCAAACCCUUGAUGCAGGUCGUAUUGGCAUAGCUGGUCAGGCUUUAGGCAUUGCCCAAGCCUCUUUAGAGCUUGCUGUCGAUUACGCCCAGAAGCGUCAGGCCUUUGGUAAACCCAUUUCCAAACUGCAAUCCAUACAACAAAAAAUAGCUGAUAUGAGUUUGGCCCUAGAGUCUGCUCGUCUUCUAACCUGGCGCGCCGCCUGGCUUAAGGACAACAAGCAAUCGUACACCAAGGAAGCAGCCAUGGCUAAAUUAGCUGCAUCUGAAGCAGCCACCUUGUGCUCCCAUCAGUGUAUUCAAGUGUUGGGCGGAAUGGGUUACGUCACAGAUAUGGCAGCUGAAAGGCAUUAUCGAGAUGCUAGGAUUACAGAAAUCUAUGAAGGCACCUCGGAGAUUCAGCGUUUAGUGAUUGCUGGAUCCAUACUCAAAGAAUAUGCUAGUUAGGCUUAGAUUAAGUGCAAAGUGUAUCCAAUAAAGUCGAAAGUUUUAAAAAA